ACUUCGAAUCAGCAGUUCCUGCCCCAAAAAAUCAGUGGUUCCUUGUAACAAGAUCCACUAGUCACACACCACAGAGCACGCCCAGACAAAAACCGAAGAGGAACAAUCUGGAUUCUGGAAUAGACUGGUAACCAUCCGCCUCCUCCACAAGUUUUUAUAAGUCCUGAAAGCAGGCAAAACACAAGCCAAUCAAGCUGUUGGAUUUCCUAGUUCUCACCCCAUUAAUUCUGCUCAACAUGGCUCUUCAGGUAUGGAUGGUGGGGGAGAAUGGAGAGGACCUCAAGAACCCUAAGGAGUUCCUCCCCGUCUCCAAGCUCGAAGAGAUUGGUGUGUUAUACUGGCAUUUGGAUCCAAAGCAGUCAGAAAGUGAAGAAGAACUAUCGAAAAUCCGCAAAGACAGAGGAUACAGCUACAUGGAUCUUCUUGACAUAUGCCCUGGGAAGUUGGAAAACUAUGAUGAAAAGCUGAAGAACUUCUUCAGAGAGCACAUGCAUGCCGAUGAAGAGAUCCGUUACUGCUUGGAGGGUGGUGGGUACUUUGAUGUACGCAACAAGGAUGACAAGUGGAUUCGGAUUUGGAUAAAAGAAGGUGAUAUGAUAGUGCUGCCUGCCGGGAUUUAUCAUCGGUUCACCCUUGACACCGCCAACCAUGUAAAGCUCAUGAGACUCUUCAUCGGUGAGCCAGUCUGGACCGCGCACAACCGGCCUCAGGAGGACCAUCCGGUCCGGCAAGAAUAUGUCAAGAACCUCACGGACAAUGCUGGUCUUCCUCUCGCAGCACACUGAAGUUUAUGAUCCGGGGGGUCGCCACUCAGCUAUGUACAAUUACUGUGGACACAUAUACGGUCACACACUUCGACGAAAUAAUGUUGUAUUGCCAUGUGUCAUGAUGCCAGAUAGAUAAGUGCUACCAAUUAUUAAUUAUACAUAGACCUAUCACUUGUGUUACUUGCAGUGUGGUGAAGUUACAAUAUAGUCAAAUGGCUGUUUGCUACUGUAUUA